ACAUGGAGUCAAUGAUCUGUUAGGUUUAUCAGUGCUAUUAUUCGUAGGGAAUAUAAUGUUUUCUCGCGCUAACAUAUCCUUUCUUCACUCUGUGACGUGUUUGAGGGCACCACCCGUUGGUGCUCUAUGUCGGAAAAUAAUAAAUAUUUAUGGGGAACAAACAAAUUUAAACAUCAUCUCAAGAAACUUUAAUGUUACGAGAUCGUUGAGACUGAGGACGCUUUUCCCUGAAGAUGACCAAAAGAAAAUCAUAAACUCCGUCAAUGAGAUUCUUCAGAGGGAACAAAAACCUAAAGGAAUUCCAAUUCCUAAACGAGUUUUUACAUCAUUCUCAGAAAUUGGCCCUUUAGAAGACAUAAAUGAUUUAUUAGAAAAAUAUGAUCUAAGUUCAAAAAAUGCUGUAAAAUUGUGUUAUGCAAUUUUGGAGUCAGCUGACCAACCUGAUAUAGAAUCUGAAAAGAAACUAGUAAAAAAAAGAGGAAUUAGAUUGGAUCGUAAAUUAAAAAGCUUAAAAAAUUCAAUAAGCCCUGUAAUUGAGGAUCCCAGCGCUAUUACAAAAUUUACCGCUCUCACAGUUAGUGAUCAGGUUGUCAGUUUUGUAGUUCUAGAAUGUCAAGGAAGUAAUUGGAAGUCUCAGAACUUGGUUGAUUGGAAUGUCAUAGACGUGACUAAUUUACCACUAUUUGCUUGUGUGACUAAGAUAUGGAAUUCUCUUCCGAAUGAUGAUGUAUUUCUUGCAUACAACAUACCUUCUAGAGAACAAGUUGUUAUUCAAUGUAGAUUGUACGGAGCUGUAAUGUGUAUUUUGUGUGCAAAGAAUUCUUUUGAAGAUGUAAAUCAAAAGGUUUUUGAAAUGAGAGGUACUGCACCUCCACGUCAUUUCAAUUUAGUUGUUGGAAAUGAAAUAGUCUCUCCUUUGAGCAUGCUCUCCUCUGUCGUUGAAGGAAAGGAAGAAUCAACCCCUGAUGACCAUGUGUUUCGAAGAAGUGUGCGUGAAAUCAAUUUUUCAGCUAACGCUAGGGUUAAGUUUCAUGAAUUUGACGAUGUUAUGAAAGAAUCAAUUUCACAAAGUCUGAUUGUAGGCAAAGCAUUUGUGGAACUUUUGAAAGUUUGUCAUGAAAAAGAGAAUUGACCAAGUGAUAAGUAUGGAUUUAUUUCCCUUUGCCUAAACUAGAUGUAUUAGAAACCAGGCAAUAUUGUUUGGAUUGGAUGUAAUACUAUUAUGUCAGGAGGAAAGGUGAUUAAAUGCCACUGGGUCUACAA